GAAUUUCGCCUCCAAAAAGUUUAUGCCCAUCAACAACGAGCCACGCCAUUCCAACAAAACAUAUUGAUAUCAAUUUGCGAAUGGUUGGCAACUUAUAACCAUGAGUCAAAAUAAUAGAAAAGCAAAGGGAAGAGGUAGAGGAGGACAACCAGGUUCGGGCGAUAAUUCCAGCAACAAUACCCCAAAUGGUGGUCGACCACAAUAUAUGACUGUUGGCUCUGGAAGUGCACCGGAAAGUGCUGCAAGACUACAAGCGCUCCUCGACAACGACUCAGGGUAUGGAGGUAGUGUGGCCGGUGACAGCUCGAACGGCAUGCCAUCAUGGAACCCUACACUGACCGAGGAUAGACCUACUCCUCCGAUGUCUGCUCUUCCCAGAGGACCGUCAAACGAAAUUUCAGAGAACGAGAGACGAUCGCAGGCAAAUGCAAUACAUCAACUGUGGUACAAUCAACAUCGUGUCACUCUUGGCAGAUCAAUCAAUCGUGUGGUGGAAACUUUGAAGUCGUUACAAGAAAUGAAUGCACAGUGGCCAGCGAUUUAUCCCUCAGUUCAGCGCGAUGAAGCUCAAAACCAACGACAGGACCCACGACCAGGCUUGGUACAUACCCAAACUGGUAUCAGGUCCUCAACACCUGAGCCUCGUCCUGGGCAAGUGCGACGUGCUAUGACAUCUAUUGGUGAGGGUAGCAGCAAUGCAGAGUCAAGUCAAGCGGCGGAAUCAAGAACCACUCCGGAACCUCGGCUCGUAACCCCACAGAUCGCACAAGAGUUUUCUAUCUUGAAGCUGGACUUGAAGUUGGGAGCUUUACAUCAAACCGAGUUGGUACAUUCGUUGGAAAAGGCUUCGAUCGCAUCUCUGCUUGAUGGAAAAAUUAGUUCAAGCAUCAACCAUUUACUUUCUCUACGAGAACGUAUCGAGGAUUCUUCGAGCAAGGUACUGGUAACCGGAGAUUUGAAUACUGGAAAAUCGACGUUCUGCAAUGCACUUCUCCGAAGGAAGAUUUUACCAGAGGAUCAACAACCUUGUACGAGCAUAUUCUGUGAGGUUUUGGAUGCGAGAGAAAAUGGAGGAGUUGAGGAAGUACAUGCGGUCCACAAGGAAACUACCUACGAUCGACACGAUGAAAGCACCUAUGACGUUUACACGAUUCAGGACCUGGAACAACUCGUUCUUGAUAACGAUACAUACACACAAUGCAAGGUCUACGUGAAGGACGUACGCACGAUCGAUGAGUCAUUACUGAACAAUGGAGUGGUGGAUAUUGCAAUCAUUGAUGCGCCUGGUCUCAACCUGGAUACUACGAAGACGACUGCGGUUUUUGCUCGACAGGAAGAAAUUGAUGUUGUUGUUUUCGUUGUCUCGGCUGCCAAUCACUUCACACAGACCGCGCGAGAAUUUAUCUGGGCAGCGGCAGCGGAGAAGGCAUAUAUUUUCAUGGUUGUCAAUGGAUAUGAUAAUAUUCGGGAUAAAGAACGAUGCCAGAAAAUGAUAUUGGAGCAAAUUCAAGGUCUAAGUCCUAGAACCUUCAAGGAAUCCUCUGAACUUGUCCAUUUUGUAUCAAGUAAUGCCAUUCCCACAGCUGCACUUGGUCCUCCUGGUCCACCGGGUGGAAGUGGUGGCGGAAGCGGUAGCUCUAGUGGAGGUGGAGGUGAUGGACCAGACUUCGACGACGGUUCGGAUUCGAAAGGGAAGGGUAAAGGCAAGGAUAAGGAAAAGAUUAGAGAUUUCGAGAUUCUUGAACAGUCACUGCGUCGAUUCGUUUUAGAAAAGCGGGCUAGAUCCAAGUUGGCUCCAGCCAAGACUUACUUGCUUAAUGUUUUAAGUGAUAUUCACAGUCUCGCCACGGUCAACUCAGAGGUUGCACAAUCUGAGCUAGAUCGUGUCACAAAAGAACUUGCAGAUCUAGAGCCGAUGCUCGAGGCCUCCCAAAAGGCGAAGGCUGAAGUUAGCGAUGAUAUUGAUAGAACUAUCGAAGCGACAUGUAAAAAUAUCUACGACUACACUCGCUCGACGCUCAACGAAACAAUAGCAAGAACAGCCGAUGGUGAUCUUGGAAUUCCAUAUCCAGGGCUGUUUGGUGCUUUCCAAUAUGCCGAUGACAUUAAGGAGGCUAUCAUGUCUGAAAUCUCCGCUACUGUUUCCGCCUGCGAAGAACAUGCCCGUCGUAAGACGGUUGAUGGUGUAACGCAAAUCAAGCAACUAGGCAUCUUACAUCUCGGUGAUGAGUACACAGACUUGAGCUUCAAAAGCGACAUUAUGUUCAAACGCAAGCGUGAUAUCCUUGCCAAGCACCUUGACAUUGAAACUGAAUUGUGGGAUUUCUUCGAUUUCUCGACUCUUUUCCAGCGACAAGAAAAGAUGGCUGGGACUGGUAUGGCGAUGACUAUCGCCACUGUUAUCGGCAGUCGUGCAAUUGGUGGUGUCGGAUGGGUUGAUGGUGCUCUGUCUGCCGCAAAGAUUAUGGGUAACAAUAACUUGCGCAGAUUGGCAGUGCCAGGAAUCAUCGCAGGAGGUAUGUUUUACGUGAUAUUUUCAAUUGCAUGGAUUCUCUUAUUAAUUCUUUCUAGCUAUUGCCGCAGCCUACUACGUCUUAAACCAAAUCCCUCAAUCACUUCCACAUCGUCUGUCCUCCAAGAUCUCCGCUCAACUUGCCGCCAUCGACUACGUACACUCUAACAGUGACCGUAUCUCUUCAUCAGUACGCAAGGUCCUUCGAUUCCCUGCUGAUAAUCUCCGUGUUGGUCUUCAACGUUCAGUUGAACAACUUGGAACCAAGCGUGAAGAGACCAGAAAGAUCAGAGGCGAAAGUGAAGUUGCCAGAAAGUACUUUGGAAACUUGGUCAACAAAAGUUCGGAGAUUAGAAAUAAUGUUGAGGGUGUGGAUUUGGAAGGACCAGCUCCAGGAGUUGCCGCUGCAUACGAUGCUUAGAUUCUUGUUAUACCCCGAUAUCUCUUUUUCCAUUAACGUGUCAAUGACUACUUUCGUCGGAUUAAAAAAAAUGGCGUUUUUUGAGCAAUUUACUUCAAAGACAAUAUGGGUUGUUGGAACAGAGGAUGGAUGGGAAGGUGUGGAAAAACAAAUGCGAGCGGCGUUGGUCGUAGGAUUUAGGAUUGAUUGUAUGGCGUGCCUAGGUAGCUACUUCGGAAUCCUCUCUCCACUUACUUUAUUCCGUAGAAUGAAAAGAAAAGUAAUAUUACA